AUGAUGGCAAGCGACCUUGUGAAUACUGAUACUAGAAACUGCAAGAGACCAAGAGAGUUGGAACCUCAAAUGCCAGAUAGUCCACAGCGCUCUUCUCUUGGAAAAUCAGAUUCAGCAUUCCUUGAAAACGUUGGCCUGUUUUAUAAAGAUGAAACCCUGGAUAAGGCUUUGAAUGACAUGAGCAAGGAAGUUAAUCUACUGUUGUCUGCAUAUGCAAAGAUCUUAAGUGAAAGAGCAGCAGUAGAUGCGUCUUACAUUGAUGAGAUAGAUGAACUCUUCAAAGAAGCCAAUGUUGUUGAAAACUUUAUCAUACAAAAGAGAGAAUUCCUGAGGCAGAGGUUUAUAGUGAUUGCAAACACACUGCACAGAUAA